UCAAAAAUAUCUAAAUGCUGACUUGCAAAUUUCUAUUUUCCUCUCCUAGACCUCGCUCGCAUCUCUUCGCUUACUGUACUCUGGUCUCUGGGUUGAGUCUUCAGUUCCGUCCUUGCCGUUCUCGAAUUUCUUAUACUCUCUUACUGGAAAUCAACUAUGGGUAAUUGCUUCUCAAUUCAAUUGUCGUGCGAUUCCGUAAUCGGCCGCUGCUGGGAUUGCGCAGCAGGACAAGCAAUGUAUAUUUGCCAACUUGAAGAUAACUUCCAAGCUUUGGAGGAUGCGAGGGAAAAACUAAAGGCAUUAAAAAGCGACGUAGAGAGAGUGAUCCGUGAUGCUGGACCUCAAAUGAAGAUGCUGGAACAAGUCCGAGACUGGCUCUCAAAGGUGCAGACUACCCUAAAUGAAGUUGAUCGGCUGAUUGGAGAUGGUCCACAAGAAAUUGAGAAAUUGUGCCUUGGUGGGUGUUGCUCCAAGAACUGCUACUCAAGUUACAUGUUUGGGAAAAGGGUGGCUAAAAAGAAAAAAGUUGUCAUAGCUUUGACGAAUAAAGGAAAUGACAUAAAAGGGGUUGUGUCUGCAGAACCAUUGUACAUAAAGCGACUUGAAGAUGAUCUUAAAUCUUUGCAGACUGAAAGGGAAGAAUUAGUGGGAUUGAAGCUCGACGUGAUGCAUAGGGUCAGAGAAGAGGAAGGAUUACAAAAGAAGCCGCUGCAACAGGUUCAAGUGUGGCUUUCAAUGGUGGAAGCUUCAAUAGUUGAUGCUGAUGCACUGCUAAGAGAUGGCCCCGAAGAAAUCAAGAAACUGAAAUCUAAUGGAUGUUCCAAUUCCGAUUUUGGGGAAAAGGUUGCUAAAAGACUGGAAAAUGUGGUGGAACAAAAGCGCAAAGGAGAUUUCAAAGAUGUGGCUGCAAGGGAUCUUGUAGAAUCAGUGCUUGAAAGACCCACUGAGCCAACAGUGGGCUUGGGUACCAUGUUAGAUAAGGUUUGGAGCUGCCUUAUGCAAGAACAAGUCGGAAUUUUAGGCCUAUACGGCAUGGGUGGUGUUGGCAAAACUACCCUCUUAACCAAAAUCAACAACAGGUUCCUCAACAUACCCAAUGAUUUUGAUUUUGUCGUCUGGGUUGUGGUAUCAAAAGAUUUGAGACUUGUUAAGGUUCAAGAAGAGAUUGGAAGAAGGAUAGGUAUUUCAAUUAGGGAGUGGAAGAGCAAAAGCAUUGAUGACAGAGCUACAGAAAUCUUCAAGACAUUGCGGAAAAAGAAGUUUGUUCUGUUGUUAGAUGAUGUUUGGGACCGAGUUAGCCUUCGAACAGCUGGUGUUCCUCUUCCAACAAAACAAAAUGGAUCAAAGAUAGUACUCACAACACGUUCAGAGGUAGUGUGCAGCCAAAUGGAUACUCACAGACGGAUCAAAGUGGAACCUUUGGCUUGGGAAAAAGCUUGGAAAUUGUUUAAAGAGAAGGUUGGGGAAGAAACUCUCAGCAUGGAUCCAAUUAUUCCAGAUUUAGCUAAAGAUGUUGCUAGAGAAUGUGGUGGUUUGCCACUCGCCCUCAUUACCAUUGGUCGUGCAAUGGCUUGCAAUAAGACACCUGAAGAAUGGAGAUGGGCUCUUAAUGACUUGCGACGAUCUACUUCAGAUUUACGAGGCUUGACAGAUGAGGUAUUUCCUCUUUUGAAGUAUAGUUAUGAUAAACUGCCCAACAACAGAGUUAGAUCUUGUUUCUUAUACUGUGCCUUGUUCCCGGAAGAUUUUAGAAUUUUCAAGAAUGAUUUGAUAGAUUAUUGGAUAUGUGAGGAAUUUUGGGAUGACGAAGAGAAUGAAGAUGUUGCUAGAGACAGAGGAUAUCAUAUCAUUGGUACCCUUGUUUAUGCAUGUUUGUUGGAAGAAGAAGAAGGGAAUUAUGUAAAAAUGCAUGAUGUGCUUCGAGACAUGGCUUUAUGGAUAGCAUGUAAGCGUGAAAGGUCGAAGCAUAAUUUUUUGGUUCGGAGUGGUGCUCAAUUAACUGAAGCACCAAAAGUUGGAAAUUGGGAAGGGGCAACGAGAAUAUCAUUGAUGGAGAACUCCAUUCAGAAUCUACUAGAAGUGCCUACAUGCCCUGAACUUUUGACUCUGUUUCUCUGUCGGAAUCCUCAUCUGCAUCAGAUCACCAGCAACUUUUUCCAAUUUAUGGAUGCACUAACAGUUUUGGAUCUGUCCAAUAGUAGUGUAAAGGAACUUCCACCCGGAAUAUCAAAGUUGGCUUCGUUAGCAUAUCUUAAUCUAUCACGUACUUGCAUACAACAAUUGCCUGUUGACAUGAAGAUGCUGAGAAAGCUCAAGUACUUAAACUUGGAGCAUAAUGAUUUUCUUGACAUGAUUCCUCGGCAAGUUAUAUCUAACUUGGCAGCAUUGCAGGUCUUGAGAAUGGUGAAUUGUAGCUUUUUCUAUGAAGCAACAGAAGGUAAUAUAUUGUCUGAUAGUGAUACUCUUGUAGCAGAAUUGCAGUGUCUAAAACAUCUUAAUGAAUUGAGCAUUGCAAUAAAAUCUGCCUCUGCUCUUCAGAGCUAUGUUAGCACACAUGGAUUACUGAGUUGUACUCAAGCUUUAUCCCUUGAGUGUUUCAGCUGUUCAAAGUCGUUUGAUUUUUCGUGGAUAGCAAACAUGAAGCUUCUGGAGACACUACAUAUCUCUGUAAUCAAGCACUUGGAAGAGAUGAAUAUCGACUGCAAUUGGAGACUUGUAAGAGAGAGAUUUUGUGGCAGUCUUCGGGAAGUGAGUGUGGAAUACUGCCCUCGAUUAAAGAACUUGAGGUGGGUUAUUCAGGCUCCAAAUUUGGCUGUUCUAAAAGUUGUUGGUUGUGAAAAAAUGGAAGAAAUAAUCAAUGUUGGAAAACUGGGUGGUGUUGAAGUUGCAGUUGCAGGUGAAAACGUAAAAGUAGAACCAUUUGCCAAACUUCAAGUUCUAGAAUUGGAGGAUCUACCACAACUGAAGAGCAUAUGUUGCAAUCCCUUGCCCUUCCCAAAUUUAGAGAGGGUCAGGAUACUGGAUUGCCCAAAUAUUAAGAAGCUUCCACUCAACUCUGGCAGUGCAAAAGAACGUAAAGUUGUCAUUGAAGCUGAGGAACAUUGGUGGAGAGAUGUGGAGUGGGAAGAUGAAGACACUAAACUUGCCUUUGAGCCCUGUUUCAGAAGAUGUUUCUCAACAAUAAGAAUAUAUCAGCCCCCAUACUUUUUUGAUAUCUAGUGAGUUGCAAUUUUGCUUUCUAUUUCCACAGGAGAAGGAACUAAAACAAUUGUUAUUUCCCUAUCUCUUCUCUUCAAUUUUUGUUUUUCCUGUCAUAGCGUCAAUCAUAUUCUUGUUGGUUGAUUCAAGUUUGAACUGUAUUGUGACAAGGAAGGUUCUUGAUGUAUUUGGGUCUAGAAAUAUUCUUAUCUAUGUCAGAAUGGAGAUGGACAAACCAUGAAAAAUUCAAUGGAGCUGAAUUACAUAAUGUGAAUUUUAUUUUUCCUUUCUGUAA